AUGCCAGAUCUCCUGGGUGCCCAAACUCACAACGCCGAUGCCCCGGCAUCGGCCAACUUCAAGGAGAAUCGCCCAAGCAACACUGCAACUGGAGAUGAAAAAGCUCACCGACCUCUUGAUGAGGAAUCUCGAUCAACGUCUAUUGCCAAUGACGAAGUAACCUAUCCGGAAGGUGGCCUAGGUGCCUGGUCUGUCGUUCUAGGGUCCUUCCUUGGACUCAUCGCAUCCUUGGGUAUGAUGAACACAGUCGGUAUCUACCAUGCCUACAUUGCCGAGCACUACCUUGCAGACUACACCGAGUCGACCAUCUCGUGGAUCUUCAGCAUGUACGUCUUCCUGUCGUUCUUCUGCGGACUCCAGAUUGGACCCAUAUUCGAUGCGCACGGCCCGAAGCUAUUGGUGCUGGCAGGUAGCAUCCUGCUGUGCUUGUCAAACUUCCUGCUCGGGAUUUGCACACUGUACUGGCACUUCUUCCUCGUCUUCGGCGUACUUGGGGGUCUCGGUACAUCGUUGAUCUUCACGCCUGCGUUCGCCGCAGUCAGCCACUUCUUCCUGCAAAAGCGAGGCAACGCAACGGGUAUCGCCGCAGCUGGAGGCUCGCUGGGUGGUGUCAUAUUCCCGUUGGCGUUGGAGAAGCUGCUACCCAGGGUUGGAUUCCCAUGGGCAACUCGCAUCAUCGGCUUCAUCACGCUCUUCUGCUGUAUUGGUGCCUGCUUCCUCAUCCGCUCCCGCCUACCACCUAAAGCUGGACAAUCAGUAUGGCCUGAUUUCCGGAUCUUCCGGCACAAGAGCUACUUCCUGCUCACGGUCGGCAUCUUCAUGAUGGAGUGGGCACUCUUCAUCCCGAUCACGUACCUCACCACCUUUGCGGUCAGUACCGGCGCAUUCAGCCCGUCGUUCUCGUACCAACUCAUCGCAAUCUUCAACGCGGGAAGUUGUCUCGGUCGCUGGGUCCCAGGCUUCCUAGCCGAUAAGCUCGGGCGCUUCAACAGCAUGAUUGCUGCACUCGCCAUUUGCUCAGCUACAUCGCUAGUCUUCUGGCUGCCCGCAUCGCUACUCACCCCCACCUCCGCGGCCGAAGCUACGGCUAUCAAAGCACUCUCCAUUGUCUACGCGGUCUUGUUUGGUUUCGCAUCUGGCUCCAACAUCUCAUUGACGCCAGUCUGCGUCGGCCAGCUUUGCGAUACGAAUGUCUACGGCAGGUACUACGCUACCUGUUACACCGUGGUCAGCUUCAGCACGCUUACGGGUAUUCCUAUUGCGGGUGCUAUCAUCCAGGCCACUGGUGGACACUACUGGGGAGUGGUCAUCUGGACCGCAGCUUGCUACAUCGUGGCGUCACUUUGCUUUGUGUGGAGUCGCGCACUCCAAGUUGGCUGGAAGUUGGGUGUGAAGUUCUGA